CGCGCUGAACGCCGUCUGGCUUGACCAUGAUGUAAGUCUGCUCGGUAGCCAUCUUGUCUAGUGUAACAGGUGGAUCGACAGGGGUGUAUGCUUGGGUUGGAUGACGGUGGGCCUCACGCAACCAAUGCAAUUCUCUGUUAGCUCUGAUCAGAUUCCUUCUUUGACUUUCAAAGUUUUGUUUCUGCUGAGCUUGCCAGACCCAAAGCACUGCUAGAAAGACGACGACGGGCCAAAGCCAAAAGAACUUGUUCGAAAGUCGAGCGCUGCCUUCUCUCAGAUUGGCUCGUGCGCUGCGAGGAUGAAAAGCGGCGGCAGGUGCUGCUGAUGAGCGAGCUUCACCUGCUCCUCCUCCUCCUCCUGGUGCUGCCGCUCUUGCUUCUCCUCGCCUUGCUGCGAUGCGGUGCACGAGAGCGUGCGUGCGCAGAGGGGGCCAAAUUUUGCAGGUGCGUGGCUCGAGCGUCAGCCUACGUGAAGGCGUCUGCGCAUGCUGUGCGCCCACGCAACACUCGUGACUGUGACUCUCGCUUCGUCGGGCCUGCAGCUGGCGCGUGGCAAAGCGAGUCGCAUGGGCUGGGCAGCUCAGAUGCAAGCCCGCCUGCUGUACGGCAUACGGUUUAGAGUCCGUGCGCCUGCGCCCAUGCCAGACACGCCAUCCAAGGUUGCAAACUACUCAUCAAGACUUAAUUGCAGGAGACUCAACUCACCGUCGAACACGUCCUCCCGCGGCAUCCGCGAUAUGAUUCACGUGAUUUGAGG